AACAAAUCAACGAGAUCAUCGCAUAUAACGAAAGACGCGCGGCGCAGGGUAUCGCUGGCUGACAAAUAUAGUUGCUGCCGUUUGGAACUUGGACCGAGUCCGAGUAUGAUAAUAAGCAAGUGACCUCAAAUCUAUGGCACAAACGUCUUACACUCCAUCGAGAAGCAUAGUCUAUCAGCUUCGACAGGACAGGCUGCAAGUGCUUCUGAGCCCGAGAAUGACAUGGAGGCUGUACUCGGGGACUGGAUGCGACAAAAAAUUGUAACCCUUUGCUGGGGCCUUUUCGAGAAGAUGCAUUGGCACUCUGAGGAGUUACCUGGAAUACUCUAACUCUGUGUUGUAUCAUCCUCGUCUGGACCUCGCCAGUAAUCUACCUAACUACCUACCAG